AACAGUGGCAAAAAUGACGAUUCGCUCCUUAGCUCUUACAGAAAUCUUGGCUGGACUGGGGCUAAAUCGUGCGGCCGUCGAAUCGUAUAGCGUGCCCCCUCCUUUCCCACCCUGUAACGAAUUUCCAUUUCUCGCCGGAAACACGGAAUGUGGGAGUAGGAGUACGAGUUGACAUACCAUCGAUAGCCGAAUCUCC